AUGCCAGGUUCGGCAACACCAGAGAUCCAGGCCACGGCGGCCGACCUCUCGCCAGUAUCCCCCAAUCCCGUGCACGCCGUUGCGCCUGUCGUGCUUCCCGCCCUACAAGACACUGCCGACAUGCUUGAUGCCAUGACCGAAAUGCCAUCGGUUCAGGAGAUCAGAGACGCUGGCCUGAGCCUCGUCCCUGUCUCCGAACCUGCCCCGCCACUCGCCAACACGCACAACGAUCAGAACAUAAACGACAACGAUAGCGAGCUUGACAGCCUCGAUGAAGCAUACAAAGGAGAAGAGGGGGAUGCGACAGGCAACCCACUGCAGAAUGAACAAGAACAGCCUGAUGCCGUCGAGGAUGACUACCUCAAGUCCUUCGACUCGCCUGUUCAGGAUGAGCUCGACACCGUCGCGGGACAGCAUCAUGUAUCCCAAGCAGCAGACUCCCACACAAAUCACCUUUCUUCCGAUCUUUCGCAGAACGCUCAAGUGGUUCCCGAUGUUGACUCGUCCACGACUCGGCAGCCCCCAGCUGCUCAGCCUGCCUCCCAGCCAACAGCCGAUACCAUCAUCUCCAACGGACGCCCAGAGUCCGCGAACGGCGAUGCGCAAGCCAUUGACAUCUCCCGCCUCGUGGCCGAGAUGACCGCCCAGGCAGAUGAACAUUUCGUCCAGCAGCCCACCCUGUCCAAAUCCCAGCCAGAGCCUACCCAGGAUAUGCCUCCAUCUGCGUCUGCUUCGCUACCCCCCAAGCCUCCCGUGACAGACGGUGCUUCUCUUGUCCUUGCGAACCCGGAUGACAUCCAUCUGCUUCACCAGCCGCACGGCGUGCCGAAUCAUCCCACUCAUUAUGCAACUGCCGGAGCUGCAGGCAAUUUUGCCGAUGCUGCCCACUUCCAGCCUCCUCUUGCUCCCACGUCGUUCAAUGUCCCUCCUCACCCUAGUCCUGCCGACUUCAACAAGCCGCCCAACGAAGCUACUGAUUCCAACUCUCUCUGGGAGGCUUUUAAUGCUGACGAGCGGAAAUAUAUGGCGGAAGCGAGAUGGGAUAAAUUCCCUGAAGGCUCCAGGAUCUUUAUCGGCAAUCUUUCUAGCGAACGAGUCUCAAAACGGGAUGUCUUUAACAUUUUUCGCCAGUACGGCCCCUUGGCACAGAUCUCACUCAAGUCUGCGUACGGCUUUGUGCAAUACCACACCGUGGAUGAUGCACAAGGUGCCAUGCAAAACCUGCAGGGUGCGGAGGUGAAGGGCCGCAAGAUUCGGCGUGACGACCGUCGCCAAGGCCGCCCUGCUUCACCGCGGGCCGGCAGAGAUGAUGGCUACGUCCGUGACCGCGGCUACCAGGAACCGCAAUACCCACCGCGCGGCCGUUCUCGUACACCGCCAAGCCAUGCGCGGCACCACGACUCGUACCGUCGCCGCAGCCCCAGUCCGGCUGGUCACCGCAGCCGCGGUCACGACAAUUCGCACGACGACCGGCUCCCACUGCCUCGACGACACGGCAGUCAGAUUCCUGACGUUCAAUUCUUGCUACUGCAAGAAGUGAAUCCGGAAUUUGUUGACUGGGCGUCGCGGGCCUUUGUGGACCGUGGGCUCAAGAUUGACGUUAUGUUCCUCCAUCCCAGCAUGCCGCGGGACGCCGUGAUCCAGAGACAAGUUGUCGAGGGCGUCCACGCCGUGGUGGACCUCGACAUACGGGCCAAUACGACUGGCAGAUUCAGUUUGCGCGUCUUUGAUCGUUUCGUCCAGUGGCAGCACGCGAUUUUGACGACGCCCGCUCCUGCGUACCACGCGCCGCCACCGGCGCAGGCGUAUGGAGGCGGAGGAUACGGACAGCAGUACCCGCCUCAGCAGCAACAGCAACCACAAGCCAACGCAUAUCCCGGCCAACCAAGCCAUCAUCAGAUGCCUCCUGGUCCUGCGCCGAGCGCCGCGGCGGCAGCUGGCGGAUUCCCCGCCGAGCUCCUGGCGUCCCUUGGGCACCUUGACGGCGCGUCGCUGCAGCAACUUGUUGCCGCUGUGCAAAACCAACAAGGAGCGGGACCCGGCGCGGCAGUUCACGUAGGCAUGCCACAGCAGGUGAAUGGACCAGUCGAUGUGCAGGCCGUGCUCAAUAACCUCAGGGGUGGCGUGGCCGUGACACCAGGAGAAGGUCGGGCUCCGGCUUACGGUGGCGGGGGCUACCCUCCCAAUGGUCCAGGUGGUCUCAACGCACCGAGCGGGCCUGGCGGGCGGCCGCAGCCGCCAGCGUCUCCGGAUUCGGCGUCACAAGUCAACACGAUCAUGGCGCAACUGGCCAAAUUCCGGCAGUGAGGGGGCAUGGGUGCUCGUGUUGAAGACUUUGUGUGUACAAUAGGCAGCUGCGGGAAGGCGUUUGUUCAUAUUAGGGUGAGUGCUCUACGGGGUGACCAUGGGCAAGUUAUCAUGAAGCAAGUGAGAGAAGGAGGCGAGAAGGACGCCGGAGAGGGAGUGGUUCAGAAGUACAGGAGCCCAGCAGCCGUUUGAGAAGCUUUGA